GACACGAUUCAUCAGCUGGAGAAUGAGCUUAGAGGAACGAAGUGGGAAAUGGCACGUCACUUGAGGGAAUACCAGGACCUCCUCAAUGUCAAGAUGGCCCUGGAUAUUGAAAUUGCUGCAUACAGGAAGCUACUGGAGGGUGAAGAGACAAGAUUCAGUGCCUUCUCUGGAAGCAUUACUGGGCCCAUAUUCACGCACAGACAACCAUCUGUCACAAUAGCAUCCACUAAAAUUCAGAAAACAAAAAUUGAACCACCAAAGCUGAAGGUCCAGCACAAGUUUGUAGAAGAAAUCAUUGAAGAGACAAAGGUGGAGGAUGAAAAGUCUGAGAUGGAAGAUGCCCUAGCAGCUAUUGCAGAAGAAAUGGCAGCCAAGGCCCAGCAAGAAGAGCAGGAGGAAGAAAAGGCAGAAGAAGCAGCUGUGGAGGAAGAAGCUGUUUCUGAGAAGGCUGCUGCAGAACAAGCAGCUGCACCUGAGGAAGAGAAGGAGGAAGAGGAAGCAGAGGAGGAAGAAGAAGCUGCAAAAUCUGAUGCAGCGGAAGAAGGAGGUUCUGAAAAAGAAGAAAUAGAGGAAAAGGAAGAAGGGGAGGAGGCCGAGGAAGGUGGGGAAGAAGCUGAGGCCAAGGGCAAAGCUGAAGAGGCAGCCGCAAAGGUAGAAAAGGUGAAGACCCCUCCCGCAAAGUCACCUCCUAAAUCCCCCCCUAAGUCCCCUGUAACGGAGCCGGCCAAGGCUGCCCAGAAGGAAGCAGGAAAAGAGCAGAAGGUGGAGAAAGCUGUUGAGAAACCAGCCAAGGAGGAGGAGAAAGCAGCACCUCCAGAGAAAGCAGCAUCUCCGGAGAAGGCAGCAACACUCAAGGUGACCUCUCCAGAGAAGGUGGUGAGCCCGGAGAAGCCCCGCUCCCCAGAGAAGCCGGCGAGCCCAGAGAAACCCCCCUCCCCAGAAAAACCAGCGAGCCCCGAGAAGCCCCGCUCCCCAGAGAAGCCAGCGAGCCCAGAGAAGCCCCGUUCCCCAGAGAAGCCCCCCUCCCCAGUGAAGGAUGCAAAGGCAGCGGUGGAGGAGACCAUCACUGUCACCAAGGUCACGAAGAUCAGCGCAGAGGUGGAGAAGGAGUCCAGGAAAGAAGAUAUCGCCGUGAACGGUGAGGUGGAGGAGAAGAAGGAAGAGGGAUCCAAAGAGAAGGAGGUGGAGGAGGAAGACAAGGGAGUUGUGACCAAUGGCCUCGAUGUGAGUCCAAUUGAUGAUAAAGGUGAGAAAAUCGUAGUAACCAAAAAAGCAGAGAAGAUCACUGGUGAAGGUGGGGACAGUACAACCACGUAUAUCACCAAGUCGGUGACGGUCACUCAGAAGGUAGAGGAACACGAAGAAAGCUUUGAGGAGAAAUUAGUGUCUACCAAGAAAGUAGAGAAAGUUACUUCACAUGCUGUAGUAAAAGAGAUUAAAGAGAGCGAAUAAAAUAAAUCAUAGCUAAAUUAAAAAAAAAAAAAUUAAAGAGCUUGGGUCGGUGCAAAAGGUUAAGCCAUAUGACAGCAGCAAAAUGCAUGUGAGUGACGGCUUCAAAGCAGAAUGGGUUCUCUCAUGGAGGCUCCAGACACACAGUAUUUUACUUUUUUUGUGCAAUAUAGGGGAGGGGGGGGGAAUGCAUGCAGGCUCAAGAUGUGCUCCCUCCACAGAGCUUGGGAAUCUAAAAACAAAAAAAAAAAAAAUAAAAAAUAAUACUACUAAUAGUGCAUGAGAUGAAAUGUGCAAAGGAAGCUUUUUGAAUUUCCUGAGCUGUUGGAGGGACAUAUCUGAGGAAGACUUAAGAUGUAUUAUGCAAAGAACCAACUGAGCCAAAACCAAACAGAAAACAGUAAUAGAAUAUUCAUGAGAACCAGAACUCUCCUAGCCUUAAAAAAAAGCUACUUAUAAAUUAUGUUUACCUCACUGGUGCAAUUAGGAUGGACUUUUGCUCAUGGGAGAACCUAGUUGACAUGCACAGUAUGCAACCUUUUGUUGUUUGAUGUAAAAGUCACAGCAGUUCUUGCUCAAUAAAGGUCAAUACUGAAAAC